GGAUUAUCGAAGAAUACAGACCAAGUAAAGGCAGUCGCGGUAUACUGAAACCAAGUGAAAUCUUGCCUGAAGCAAUCCAUGGAAUGAACUUUGCAUUUGACCAUGGCGCGGGAGGACAGCAACGUGCCGGUACUGGAGGCGGCACGUGAAGACGACCCAACAAACAACCGCGGCAACUUCACACGGAACCUGAACAAGGAAGAGGACAGUUCCGUGGCGAAGAAGAUGUUCUUUGGCGGCCUCGCGCUCCUCCCUUGGCUCUGGGCCGUGAACGUGUUCCACUACAGAGCGCAGUUCCUCGACGGCACCAUCGACCCAAAGACUACUAUCUGGGUGCGUCGGUCGUUUGCCGGCUUCGUCUUCGUCACGCUCAUCUUUGUGGCUUGGGUUGUGACGUUUCAACUGUCGUGGAAGGCGAACGGGUGGCAGAAGCUGCUGCUCGUCGUGCCCCCAGAAGAUCUCGACCAGGGAUGGUAGAUCCUAUUCAAUCAAGUGCCGCCAUCACAGCGACAUGACAUGCAUAAGCAUCCAAUUUAUUGUCGGUAUUAUCUCUCUCUCAUCCAUCAAGUGCAGCAGAAAUCCAUGAGAUGCCUUCCGAAUAAAACUCAUAAACACGUAAAAGAGCUAAAACGCCCCGCGUUUUAUAAUCAAAUCCAGUAUUACCUACA